GUGUGUUUCUUAUUCCCUACGUCCUGAUCGCCCUGGUCGGAGGAAUCCCCAUUUUCUUCUUGGAGAUCUCGCUGGGCCAGUUCAUGAAGGCCGGCAGCAUCAACGUCUGGAACAUCUGUCCCCUAUUCAAAGGCCUGGGCUACGCCUCCAUGGUGAUCGUCUUCUACUGCAACACCUACUACAUCAUGGUGCUGGCCUGGGGCUUCUAUUACCUGGUUAAGUCCUUCACCACCACCCUGCCCUGGGCCACAUGUGGCCACGCCUGGAACACUCCCGACUGUGUGGAGAUCUUCCGCCACGAAGACUGUGCCAAUGCCAGCCUGGCCAACCUCACCUGCGACCAGCUCGCCGACCGCCGGUCUCCUGUCCUGGAGUUCUGGGAGAACAAGGUCCUGCGGCUUUCUCGGGGGCUGGAGGUGCCAGGGGCCCUCAACUGGGAGGUGACCCUUUGUCUGCUGGCCUGCUGGGUGCUGGUCUACUUCUGCGUUUGGAAGGGGGUCAAGUCCACAGGAAAGAUCGUGUACUUCACUGCUACAUUCCCCUAUGUGGUCCUCGUGGUGCUGCUGGUGCGUGGAGCGCUGCUGCCCGGAGCCUUGGACGGCAUCAUCUACUAUCUCAAGCCGGACUGGUCGAAGCUGGGGUCUCCUCAGGUGUGGAUAGAUGCUGGGACCCAGAUUUUCUUUUCUUAUGCCAUCGGCCUGGGGGCCCUCACAGCCCUGGGCAGCUACAAUCGUUUCAACAACAACUGUUACAAGGACGCCAUCAUCCUCGCACUCAUCAACAGCGGGACCAGCUUCUUCGCUGGCUUCGUGGUCUUCUCCAUCCUGGGUUUCAUGGCGGCAGAACAGGGGGUGCACAUCUCUAAGGUGGCAGAAUCAGGGCCCGGCCUGGCCUUCAUCGCCUACCCCAGGGCUGUCACACUGAUGCCAGUGGCCCCACUCUGGGCUGCCCUGUUCUUCUUCAUGCUGCUGCUGCUCGGCCUGGACAGCCAGUUUGUAGGUGUGGAGGGCUUUAUCACUGGCCUCCUGGACCUCCUCCCGGCCUCCUACUACUUCCGCUUCCAAAGGGAGAUCUCCGUGGCCCUGUGCUGCGCCCUCUGCUUUGUCAUCGACCUCUCCAUGGUGACCGAUGGUGGGAUGUACGUCUUCCAGCUGUUCGACUACUACUCAGCCAGUGGCACCACCCUGCUCUGGCAGGCCUUUUGGGAGUGUGUGGUGGUGGCAUGGGUGUAUGGAGCUGACCGCUUCAUGGAUGACAUCGCCUGUAUGAUUGGGUACCGACCUUGCCCCUGGAUGAAAUGGUGCUGGUCCCUUUUCACCCCACUGGUCUGCAUGGGCAUCUUCCUCUUCAAUGUGGUGUACUAUGAGCCGCUGGUGUACAACAACACCUACGUGUACCCGUGGUGGGGCGAGGCCAUGGGCUGGGCCUUUGCACUCUCCUCCAUGCUCUGCGUGCCCCUCCACCUCCUGGGCUGCCUCCUCAGGGCCAAGGGCACCAUGGCUGAGCGCUGGCAGCACCUGACGCAGCCUGUCUGGGGCCUCCACCACUUGGAGUACAGAGCUCAGGAUGCCGACGUCAGGGGCCUGACCACCCUGACCCCAGUGUCUGAGAGCAGCAAGGUCGUGGUGGUGGAGAGUGUCAUGUGACAGCCACCCCAGCUCACAUCACCAGCUCCCCCUCUGGUAGCCAUAGCAGAACCCCUGCUUUAGCCCCACCCCUCCUCCAGGGGGCCUGCCUUUUCCUGACAGUUCUGGGGUCUGCCUGGGGGGAGGGGAGAAAGCACCACGAGUGCUAUAACUAAAAUAACUUUUUCCAUUUUUAAUAAAACGCCAAAAAUAUCAACCCACCAAAAAUAGAUGCCUCUCCCCUGGCCCUAGCCAAGCUGUCCACAUGUUGCUCCCUGACCCGCCUAAUGCCCCUCCCCCAAUACCCUCAGACCCUCCCCAUGCCCAGCCGUGUCUGCCUCUCCAGGCUCUGCACUGUAACACCCUCUUGGGUGGCCCCUCACCAUCACCCCUCCUGCCCACAACAGUGACAGCUUGGGGAACAGAAUGGGAAGACAGGGUAGGGGUACUGUGGAGAGGGGAGGGGAGGGGAGGGGAGGGAGGAAGGGCAGGGAAGAGGAAAAGGAGGGGAGGGAGGGGCAGCCAAACCAAGAUUAUUUAAGUUGGGCUAGACCCCUUGCCCCAUCCCUAUUCUAGAAGCUUAGAGAGCCAGCCAGCAAAGGAGCCUUCUGGUUCCUGCGCCAAUCGCCACCAAUAUCGAUGUGUGAGCUUGGGUAUGAGUGUACGUAUGUGAGUCCUAUGAGUAUAUGUAGAUCUCUUAGCAAAGGUGAAUAUCAGAUUAAGUGGUGCCUCUGGGCAAAGGAGGCGUGUAUUUUGCACAUUUUAUAAAAACUUGAGGAGAGAGUAAGAUUUCUGCUUGUAUAUUUCUAAAAUGAGAAAGAGCCUAAACCAGCCCUCUUCUUCCCCUUCCCCGUUCCUUCCCCUCUUCCCCACCCCUCUGCCCCUAGCCAAGGAGUGUGAAUUUAUAGAUCUAAUUUUCAUAGGCAAAACAAACGCUUCAAACUGUCAAGUGUGAGUCUGUUGUGUGGAUGUGUGUGCACGCGCACAUAUGCGUGUGCUCCCUGGCCCGACUGGGGUGGAAAAGUGCAUGGUGGGGAUCUAGGGGUGUCCCCUGCUGUCCCUGUGCCUACAAACCUGCGGGGCGAGAGUCUGCAGCAAGGCAUCCUGGGGAGCAGGGCUGUUCAGCGGGCAUGCUCAGGCUCGCCCGCACCCUUCUCCCUGGCCUGGGCAUGUUGGCAGGGGUAGUAGGUGGGCCCCACCCAGGGAAGGGAACCCAGGCAUGGCUGCCACCCCCAGGCUGCAGGCCAGUGCACUUCCCACCUCUCAAGCCUUCCGUGUAGCAGCUUUAACCCACGUCUGUGUCACGGCAAGUCCCCAGACAGCUGAGUGGCCCCCAGGAGCUUCCCCCACAGUGACAGAGGCUGGGGUGGGGCUGGGCGAGGGCGGCGGCCUGCGGGGACAUCUUGACUGUGCUAAAAAGCCACUGCAAACAUAGCAAUAAACACGUGUCAUUUUCCAAA